AUGCAAUCCAAUGUUGGGACACCCCUUUCAUUCCAUUACGUGACCGCGAGCGCUGGAGGAUUCCUAACAUGCCUUCUUUCGUUCCAAAUCUUCAAUGGGAAAGACAGAGGGGGCGAUCGGUUAAUCGUCGCUUCAGGAACGAGAUGGAUCAGGAGUAUAGAGAAGAUCCAAGUUCUCUUUAGUGUAGUAGAUGUUCUAGUUUCGGCCACCAGGCACAAUUUGGAAUGUCGUCGUAGACAGCGUCCUACACCACGCCAGCCUCGCCAGCGGCCAGAUCAGCCUAUACCGCCCCCUGUGUACUAUCAUUACGAUGCAAGAGAGAGCUCGCAGACGCGACAGAACUAUUGCGGGCCUACUCAGUUUCAGGGUGACGGUUCACAGUUUCAGCAGCACUCGCAGGUCCCUCCGACCUCAUCGUUUCCGGUACCACCGUCAUCCGGGCCGUUCUUUUACUCCUCUGAACAGACGCCGUAUACCACUCCUCUUACAGAGCCGGCUCAGUAUCGACAGGCUACACCACCCCCAUUUCAGGCACCUCAGCAUGGUCAACCUUCUACCCCCUCUGAUCAGGGUUACCGGCCCGUGUUUUCUUGGCUCGAUCAACCGUCAGCGUCACAUUCGCGUCCCUCCCCUUCCACCCCGGUCGCGGAUCCGUCGCAGAUGUUUUUUUCGAUAUCAGAGGCUUGGUUGAACAGUCCAGGUCUCGGGGAGGGGGGCUCUUUCGAGGCGUUACAGUCCGGUAGUAUUCAGUUUUCGGGUCCGUCCUUCAGCCUCCUUCCGCAGUCACAGGAGGCACCGACUACUGCACCGGCUGCAGAUGAUCAGGAGGUAUCCUUAGACGAUGAUCACGAGAGCGAGGGCGCGCCAGGUGACAGACCGGGUGAUAGACAGUAUCGCGAUCUUACUGAGAGCAGUCUGCGCCGCAGACAAGAUAUGGGGUACGAUAUGAGGACUCAACUGGAGAAGAACACUAGAUGUCGAGAUUAUUUAUGA